AUGUUUGUGUUCAAGCGAGAUGGACGCAAGGAACGCGUUCAGUUCGACAAGAUCACCGCACGUGUCUCAAGACUGUGUUAUGGUCUUGAUCCCGAACAUGUGGAUGCAGCUGCAAUUACUCAGAAGGUCAUUUCAGGUGUCUACCAGGGCGUGACCACCGUCGAACUCGACAAUCUUGUAAGUACACUGCCGUUUCCUGUGGCGACGAGCAAAUUUAACUCUUUUCUCCAGGCCGCAGAGACUGCAGCAUAUAUGACAGUCACCCAUCCUGACUAUGCCAUCCUCGCAGCACGUAUUGCUGUAUCAAAUCUACACAAGCAGACCAAGAAACAGUUCUCCUCGGUCAUUCAAGAUCUUUACCACUAUGUCAACCCCAAGACUCAGAAACUCUCCCCCAUGAUCUCUCAAGAGACGUAUGAAUGCGUGAUGAGACAUGCUGAAGAGCUGAACUCGGCCAUUGUCUAUGACCGAGACUUCAACUAUCAAUAUUUUGGCUUCAAGACUCUGGAAAGAUCAUACUUGCUUAAGAUUGGCAAGCAAACUGCAGAACGACCCCAACACUUGCUCAUGCGUGUUGCCGUUGGUAUUCACGGAGAUGAUGUCGAAAAGGCCAUCGAGACUUACAACCUUCUAUCCCAGAAGUACUUCACUCACGCUUCACCAACACUCUUCAAUGCUGGCACUCCUCAACCCCAGCUAUCAUCUUGCUUCUUGAUUGACAUGAAAUCAGACAGCAUUGAUGGUAUUUAUGACACCCUCAAGACAUGUGCCAUGAUCUCCAAGACUGCUGGCGGUAUUGGUUUCAACGCCCAUUGCAUUCGUGCCACUGGCUCCUAUAUUGCAGGUACCAACGGAACUUCCAACGGUCUGAUUCCCAUGCUUCGUGUCUUCAAUAACACUGCUCGUUAUGUCGAUCAAGGUGGUAACAAACGCCCUGGUGCCUUUGCUGUUUAUUUGGAGCCAUGGCACGCCGAUGUCUUCGACUUCCUGAACUUGAGAAAGAACCAUGGCAAAGAAGAAGUCCGUGCUCGUGAUCUCUUCUAUGCUCUCUGGACUCCUGAUCUCUUCAUGAAACGUGUGGAGAAGAACCAAGACUGGACAUUAAUGUGCCCACACGAAUGCCCUGGUCUUGCUGAUGUUUAUGGCAAGGAGUUCGAGGCUCUCUACGAACGAUACGAAAAGGAAGGCAAGGGCCGACAGACUGUCAAGGCUCAGAAGUUGUGGUAUGCCAUCCUCGAAGCCCAGACUGAGACUGGUACUCCAUACAUGCUCUACAAGGACGCUUGCAACGAGAAGAGCAACCAGAAGAACCUGGGAACCAUUCGCAGCUCCAAUCUUUGCACUGAGAUUGUCGAAUACACAGCUCCUGAUGAGGUUGCAGUUUGCAAUCUUGCCUCACUUGCUCUUCCCACUUACGUUGACCAAGCCCGUGGAGAGUACGACUUCGGCCGUCUUCAUGAGGUCGUCCAGGUUGUCACUCGCAACUUGAACAAGGUCAUCGACAUCAACUACUACCCUGUUGAAGAAGCCCGGAAGGGCAACAUGAGACACCGACCUAUCGGUCUGGGUGUCCAGGGUCUUGCUGAUGCUUUCCUUGCUCUCAGACUGCCCUUUGACUCACCAGAAGCUCGUCAACUCAACAUCCAAAUCUUUGAGACCAUCUACCACGGUGCUUUGACUGCAUCUUGCCAAUUGGCUCAAGAACACGGACCCUACUCGACAUAUGAGGGCAGCCCUGUCUCCAAAGGUAUCCUUCAAUAUGACAUGUGGAAGGUCACUCCUACAGAUCUCUGGGAUUGGGACAGCUUGAAGGCAGACAUUGCCAAGCAUGGUGUUCGUAACUCUUUGUUGGUCGCACCUAUGCCUACUGCGUCUACGUCACAGAUCUUGGGCAACAACGAAUGCUUCGAACCAUACACAUCAAAUAUCUACUCUCGACGUGUGUUGGCAGGAGAAUUCCAGGUUGUCAACCCAUGGCUGCUCAAAGAUCUGGUCGAUCUCGGCCUAUGGUCAGACAACAUGAAGAAUCGCAUCAUCGCUGAUGGUGGUUCGGUCCAGAACAUUCCCAACAUUCCAGCUGACAUCAAGGCUCUGUAUAAGACUGUCUGGGAAAUCAGUCAACGUACCAUCCUCCAAAUGGCCGCUGACCGUGGUGCAUUCAUCGAUCAGUCCCAAUCCUUGAACAUCCAUCUCAAGGAACCCACCAUGGGUAAGAUCACAUCCAUGCAUUUCGCAGGAUGGAAGAUGGGUCUGAAGACUGGCAUGUACUACCUGCGUACCAUGGCCGCCACUGCCCCUAUUCAAUUCACCGUCGAUCAAGAACAGCUCAAGGUCGAAGACAAGAACGUUGCUCGUGAGCGAUCUGCUCCCAAAAAGCGCACUUCCAUCGGCUUUGGUCAGACUUAUAACUCGUCUCCUCGCCCAAUGUACGCAAACAAGACAUCAAGCUUCAACAAUGGCUCCGCCACACAGUUGAAUGGUAUCCCAACCCCCACAUCAACACCACCCCCAUCAAGUGAGGACAAGCAACUCGUGUCAAAACUUGCAAAGACCCGUCUCUCCGACGGCAUCAGUUCCGAAGAGCCCAGCCCCAAGGUUCUCCCUACAGACCCCGUUGGCACCCCUGAUGUUGAGGAGAGUCUCGAAAGCCGAGCUUUGAAGAAGGUUCAGGUUGAAGAUCAAGAGAGCGACUCAGAGGAGCGAGAGGGCGAUAUCUACGCGCAGAAGGUGCUAGCUUGUAAGUAUCCCUACCCUAUCCUUGAAUUUUCUUGA